UGUAUCUGUGGAGCUAUCUUAAAAAGAUAAACUUUUUUAUAGAGAUAAGUUUUAAAGAUAUUAAGUAACUUAAAACUCAUAGUCAACAUGUAUCGAAGUAAUAAAUUUUUCAGAAUAAGUAAUUUUUAGAAAUGUUCAUUCAUAAUGCGGCGUAUAACAAAGAAAUUAUUAAUAUUUUCUAUCGGCAUAGGGUUUGUUGUCAUCUAUUGUGAAUUUCUCAUUUAUUAUGUUGUUACAGCACAGUGUUCUUGGCCAGAAUUACCUGCUUCAGGUGGUACUCAAGAACUGAAAGCUUUAAUAAUAGCGGACACGCAUCUAUUGGGGCCAUACAGAGGCCACUGGCUUGAUAAAUGGAGACGGGAAUGGCAGAUGCAACAAGCUUAUCGGUCUAUUAUGACUUUGCAUCGACCAGAGGCAGUAUUUGUACUAGGUGACCUUUUUGAUGAAGGUGAAUGGACCAAUGAUAUACAAUUUCAAGAUUAUGUGCAGAGGUUCUACAAAUUAUUUCAAGUUGAUGAUGGUGUAACUAUGCAGGUUGUGGUUGGAAAUCAUGAUAUAGGUUUCCAUUCUAAAAUUUGGCCUGGGUCAGUGGAGCGAUUCAACAAGGCGCUCAACUCAUCCUCAGUAAAAUUUGUUACAAUAAAAGGCAAUCAUUUCAUCCUUCUAAAUUCAAUGGCAAUGCAUGGAGAUUCAUGUCGUUUAUGCAGGGAAGCUAUGUUUUCUUUGAAUAGAAUAGCAAAGUCACUGGAAUGUUCAAAAAAUCCAAGUGAAUGCACUGAAAUACCAAAUUUCACAUAUAGUCAACCAAUACUUAUGCAACACUUUCCUUUAUAUAGAAUAUCAGACGCGCAAUGUACAGAGCCUGAUGCUCCGCCUUUGCCAUUGAGAAAUAAGAAAUUCAGGAACAGAAUAGAUUCCUUAUCGCAGGAGGCGACAGAUUACCUUACAAGGACGUUGAAGCCGCGGGCUGUGUUCGGCGGACACACCCACCAUGGCUGUUUAGUACAUCACAAGGAUAAAGACGUCGAUUUCUAUGAAUAUUCUGUCCCAUCUUUUUCAUGGAGGAAUAGGCCUGACCCUAAAUAUAUGUUGGUCACAAUAUCGCCAAAUUCCUACGCAAUAAAUAAAUGUGGUUUACCAAAAGAAGCGACUAUUGCAGUGACUGCUGUGAUUCUCGUCUUUGCAGUGUCUUAUUACACAUUCAAGAUAAGAUUGCUUGGAAGGAGUUGAAAAGGCGAUUGAAUAAGGUGGGAAUACAAUUAAGUACUCUCCGUUAUACUACCAAAAUUCAGGUGUGAAAUGAAAUUACUUUUUAUGUUAUUCAAAUUUCAUUUUAUGGUUAUAUUUUAUAUUUGACAAUAAAUAUUUUGACAAGA